UAUCCUCUCUGUUCUGCACGUCAAGCCAAGAUGCCUCCAAGAGCAGCCCCGAAAGUCUACCAAAUUUUGGUUAAAACGCAUCAGGUCACGGUCUUCCUCACAGUUUCACAAUCUGCAACGAUCGUGUUGCUUAAGGAUGAGGCGCUUUCAGCACUCACAUCUCGCGUCGCAACUGAGGAUGAGAGCUUCCCUCAUGUAUACAACACAGACGACUUUGAGCUGGCGCGCUCAGUGAAAGAGAAGGAAAAGAGCAGGUCAGGGGUGACUUAUGAGGUCCUUGAGGCAGACAAGACUAUCAGAGGACUGCUAGUGAACUGGGAGGUGCUAUAUUUUCAGUUUAGAGACCAAGACGGCAAUUUGAUGCCAGUUGAAGUCUCCCAGCCUUCUCUCGUUGAUGACGAGGAGGAAGAGGUUCCAGCGAGCAAAGGCAAACGCAAGGCGCCAUCAGAAUAGGUAUCCAACGUCGUACUGAAGUUCUGAAUAUUAAAUUGCAAGGAUAUACUACGAAGAGCAUGCAGAGGUGUGGUCAGGUCAUGAAUAUACUGCAGACAGUAUUAUGACCGCCAUGGGCGCGGAGUGUAUGGGAGCAGCGCAGCAGCCACCCGCCGGCCCUCUUCCGCGAGUAAAUUAUACGUCGAGCAUGCGUUUCUCUGGAAGUACGAGCAGAUUAGCGCUACACUCGCAAUAGAUAUGUAGUAAACCCCACCGUAUCCAUAAUGUCAAGCUGUAUUCCCAAUUCCUUCAAAUAACCCCUUAUACUUGGCGGUGGAAGUUCCAUGCGUCUCCCAGUACCAAAGACCAAGAUUUCU